AUGAAAUGAAAGGAUUGAAGAUCUCGCUACGAACGAAGCUCCUGUCAGAGCUCGCCUGGUCUCAGUAUCCCCCCGCCACCCUCCCCAUCCCCUGAAUCACGGCGCAUGAGACCUAAGGCUGCAGUCUUACACGCUGCGUUCCAGGAAGGGACCGGAGCUGCGCUGAUUUCUGUUUUUCCACAACUGUCGAGGGGACCUUUCUGGUUCGGGGGAUUACUCCAACAGGACAACCAGAUGCUCGGAGUGGGAAGACUGAAAAGAAGCGAGUUCUCUCUCUCUUUCAACUGGCUCUGAAAGGUUCCUGUUAAGCCUAAGGACAAGCUUGAGAAGUGAAAGCCAUCACUCAGAAAUUUAGAGUCUGAUUUUCAAUUUUCAUCAACGAUUGAUGAGACUUUUAAGGCUUCACAUUCUGAUGGGCACAGUGUGCAUUGAUCAACUUACCUGAACACUUGUAUGUUGACACUUGACUGGCUAAGAUGGUCAAUCGUGCCUCUCUGUGGCUUACGUCAGUGGCUUUGUGUGUGCUGUGUUACUGUGGAACAAAUUCCACCCAGAAGAGUUUGCAACAUCGAAUAUGGAAGAUGGAACAAUCAAAAGCAAGCUUAGUAGCCCAUCGCCGUGUAAAACGUGGCUGGGUGUGGAACCAGUUCUUCAUCGUGGAGGAGUACACUGGAACAGAGCCACUCUAUGUUGGAAAGAUUCACUCAGACUCGGACAAAGGAGAUGGCUCCAUUAAGUACACCAUAUCAGGGGAGGGUGCUGGGACAGUGUUCAUUAUCGAUGAGAUUACAGGGGAUAUCCAUGCUACAGAGCGAUUGGACCGCGAAGAAAAAACCUACUACACCCUUCGUGCUCAAGCACGGGACAGGCUGACUGACAGACCUCUGGAGCCUGAAUCGGAAUUUAUCAUCAAAGUCCAGGAUAUUAAUGACAGUGAGCCAAAAUUCCUAGAUGGACCAUACGUUGGCAGCGUGCCUGAGUUGUCACCCGUAGGCACCUCUGUGAUGCAGGUGACUGCUUCAGAUGCAGAUGACCCAACGUAUGGCAGCAGUGCAAGAUUAUUGUACACUCUGGUGGAGGAACAGGACCAGUUCACAGUGGACCUCAAGACUGGAAUAAUCCGAACUGCUGUAGCUAACCUGGACCGUGAAAAGAAGGACCAUUAUGUCUUAGUCAUUCAGGCCAAGGACAUGGCAGGACAGCUGGGUGGAUUGUCUGGGUCAACUACUGUUACAAUCACUGUCACGGACAUCAAUGAUAAUCCUCCUCGAUUCAACCAGAAACUGUACCAGCUGAGUAUGCCUGAGUCGGCAGCUGUCGGAACAACAGUGGGAAGGGUGAAAGCUGAAGACGUUGACUUGGGCCAAAACUCGGAAAUGACCUACACCUUGAAAGAGGAAGAUGGUUCCGAUCGGUUUAGCGUUAUCACGGACACAGAGGCACAGGAAGGGAUCAUCAUCUUGAGAAAGCCACUGGACUUUGAAACCAAGAGGAUACACAGUCUAUUGCUGGAAGCAGUGAAUAAACAUGUAGACCCUCAGUUUGAGAACCUCAGAUCUUUUAAGGACUGGACCAGUGUCAGAGUGAUGGUGAAAGAUGUGAAUGAACCACCUGUAUUCAACUCACAGGCGAAAGUGAUCGACGUUCAAGAGGACGCCCAUGUUGGGAGUGUCAUUGGCUCUGUAACUGCACAGGAUCCUGACAUAACAAACAGCCCGAUCAGGUACUCCAUUGAUCGUAACACUGACUUGGAGAGGAUAUUUAAUAUGGAUGCCAACACUGGAGACAUCACAAUUGCGAAAAGGCUAGACCGAGAGACAGCAGGAUGGCAUAACCUGACCGUGAUAGCAAUGGAAGCAGAUGACCACUCCCAAGUGAGCAAGGCUUCCCUUGGUGUCAGGAUUUUGGAUGUCAAUGACAAUGCUCCAGAACUUUCCAUGCCAUUUGAAGCUACUAUUUGUGAAGAUGCCAAAGCGGGUCAGCUGAUCCAUACGGUCAGUGUGGUGGACAAGGAUGAACCACAGGGCGGCCAUCGCUUUUACUUCACAUUGGUUCCUGAAGCAGCUGACAGUCGCCAUUUCAGCCUCUGGGAUAUCAAAGAAAACACAGCUGGAAUCCUAACGCACAGAAAUGGCUUUAACCGUCAGGAACAGGACAUUUACUUUCUCCCGAUUCUUGUGGUUGACAGUGGACCACCACCCCUGAGCAGCACAGGUACCCUCACAGUCCGGGUGUGUGGGUGCGACAGUGAUGGCACUAUCCAGUCAUGCAGCACCACUGCAUACGUUGUUUCUGCAGCCUUGAGCCCAGGGGCACUGAUAGCUCUGCUAGUCUGCAUUCUUAUACUGAUAGUACUUGUCCUGCUCAUCUUGACACUGAAGAGGCACAGAAAGGGUCACAUGAUCUCAGAGGAUGAGGAAGACAUGCGCGACAAUGUCAUUAAGUAUAAUGACGAAGGAGGAGGGGAAGAAGACACUGAGGCCUAUGAUAUGACGACAUUGCGAAGUCUAUAUGAUUUUGCAGAAGUUAAAACAAACGGAGAAAAUGUGGCCCCUGAACUUCAUUCCCUGCCCCAAUGGUUUCAGAAUCCAGAUGCAGAUUUUUCCAUUUUCAGGAGUUUUGUCUGUAAAAAGCUGGAAGAGGCUGAUGUUGACCUCUCCGUUCCUCCGUAUGACUCUUUUCAAACAUACGCAUAUGAAGGCACGGGCUCUGUGGCACAGUCGCUCAGCUCCAUUAACUCUCUGUCGACUGACUCAGAUCAGGACUAUAACUACCUCAGUGACUGGGGGCCUCGGUUUAGGCAGCUGGCCGGACUUUACUCAGGAAACCAGGCAGAUGAUGGAUCAUAGCAUCCGAGAGCGAAGCUCCCAGUUCCUCUUGCAUUACUGCAAAAGUGAUACGAUCAUACCCAACAAAAACAGUGCAGCUUAAGUCCUGAAAGCUGACACUCGGGAAAGUCAAAAUGAAAACUUUCCUCUUCAAAUCAAACACCUUCUCUAACUAAAGUCCCCAACCUGGAAAUUGGCAAAUCUUUUUCAAUCAGUUACUGUGGCUGAAGAUUGAGCAGUAAAAUGGUGAUUGAAAACACAAUGUAGAACAUGGUAUAGAAUCGUGACUAAUCUCCAGUCUUCAAUGCAUUAAAAAAAACCUGGCAGCUACAGUGAAGGUAUUACUCAAGUAUGGUGCAAUGGUCCAAAUUUGAAGACAAUAAUAGGUCAAGUAACUGCAGACCAUAAAGUAGCAAUGAUGUGUAUGAGGUGACAUUCGCUGUUUUGAAAUUAUUUAUUUGUUUGAUUCUUAUAAAUAAUUCUGUUAAAAUCCUUACAAAAUGUCCUUGCUUACAUGAUUUAUUUAUUUGAAGGAGAAAAAGAGUAAGGGUUCAUAGGUAUUGGCACUGCUGCCAGCUUUGAUUACACAGUAAGUUGGCAGUGCCAGUUCUAAUUAAUAACAUUAAUACUGAAGCCAGCUGGCAGUGGUUAAAAGGUAUCACCAGGUUAAUUGUAGAUUGCUGGGAAGUACUUCGUCCAUGGUACCCCAAAAUGAAAGCCAAUUUGCAAACAUCGAUUCAGAAAAGAUUCAUCAAAAAGAAAACAAAAGGUCACUGGCAAGGAAAAUGGGAACUGAAAUAGUCAUUGAUAGCUUUCUUUACUUGAAUUGAAAAGAGAGGAAUUAGCCAUCAAGUUGACACCCAAAUGGAAAUUGAAUUCCCAGUAGCCUCACAAUGUUCAGCCGACCAAUCAAGAGAUGUAUAAAUUGAAAGCUAGAAUUCUGUGACUUUGUAUUUCACAAAGGUUUGUGCAUAUCUCCCUAAAAUGCACUGUACGCUCAAUGUACCAGGGUAAACAAUUCUCUGUGCUCUUGCUGGAGGGCAAUGCAAACAGAAAUGCUGACUUGAUUGACACUGACAAUAAAAUGAUAAAUCAGGGCCACUGGUUUAUGGUGACUACCAGCCCCACACCUCACUCAAAUACUUGAAUGAGGAAUUAUCUGUUUGAAUAGUUGGGAUACCAGGACUUUUACAUGCUUCGUGAAUCAAUUUGUUUUUCCACAGAAAUAGAAAAACUAGUAUCUGUAAGGUGUAAAAAGGCAGAACUCAUCUGUCGCUGAAUAAACAAGUCCAGAAUAUGUUUUUAUUGUUUUAGAUCUAAGACUUUUAAUGAGAGAUUCAAGGAUUAUGUUCUAACAAAAAUUGAAAAAUGCAAUCCAGUGGCCUUGGUCACAACAAAAAAAAUAGUUGGGUGACUUUACUUGUAUUUGUGAAGGUUACCUCUAUUUUGUUUUUAUUUUGUUUGCUACACUUCCAGUGAACUUAAUAGCUUGCAAACACCAUUGGCAGCUUCAGAUCCUCUAGAACUGCUAUGUCAGAACAGAUGGCCUCCAUAACAUAUCCUUGUCACUUCGGAUUCUCUCAGCUGUACCUGCCAUUGUUUUGUCCUAUUGCUGGAGUUCACUGGUGUAAGGAAUUCUUUCAUUUGAAACAACUCUCAUUGCUUCUGGGACACUGAUGCAAUAAGUGGAAGCUUUACGUGACAGUUUCCAUAGGUCUGAGUUCUAUUCUUCCUUUUCUUGAUUGUAAUGUGGCUUGAGCAUUGAUGUUUGCUCAGUUCCUCGCAGACCUCCCCAUCAAACCUUGACAACACGGUCAACCAAAUUCAGACACGUUCUUGCUGGGACCUCAGGAUAUUUGAGGCUUAAUGACACACGCUCACCAUGUAGUGUUCUUUAACUAUAAAAUCCAAAACAACCCUUUUGUGUCACAAAGAAUCAAAAGCAUGUGGAAUGGACACAGAACUUCCCCAGUUCGGAUGCCCUACAGGUGGAACUACCAUCCUUCAAAAUAAAUGUCAGAAGUCAACAGGAAGGAACAGACUGAACAUUUCUGACAGUUCUGGCUGUAGGCUGUGCUAGAGCUUGCAAAGCAUGACUUUUUCUACAGAAAGAUGUUGUUAUUAGGUCCACUGUGUGAAAUUCAAGUAUCUGUGUCAGUUUUCCUUUUGCUGUAAAAUAUGACAGAAUUGGUACAUUUUUAUAAUGCCACGCACCCCAGACCCCUUCCCUGUAUAGUGAUCAGAAGGAAGCAGCGAAAAGGUAAAUAUUUCUGGUGCUAUGUUCAAUAUUUUGAAACACGAUAAUCAGAAAAUA